GCUGAGACCCGCAAUAAUGCACGUAGCUGCUCCCACUGCAGCUCAGGACGCGCCAGGACGCGCCAUCCGUGUUUUCGCCUCCAAUUGCUAUAGAUACCACCCUCAAGCCAGCAAUAGGAGAUACGUAAGUUUUGGGAGCGAUGGUUAGCUGUUCCCUUCCAACUAGAUUGUCAAAAUGUCCCUGCUCUCUUCCCCUGUAGUAUAUCCUGCAAGUUCGCCCUCGGCAGCAAAAAAGCGGCCAGCACCGCAUACAGACACUGAAGCACGACCCCGCGGAAAGCCUGGGUUUCUCCUCGAUGAUGAUUCGGAUGACGAGAGUACGCCUUUAGAACCUGCGCCAAAGCGCCAAAUGCUCAGUAGCCCUCGAAUUAUCCCAUCUGAGGAACCUACUGAUCUAUUUCCCGCUCCGCUCGAGCUCAGCCAACUGAACGCACAUACCCAGGGAUCUAGCGGGAGUACUCCGUUCACAUCGAAUGAUCCUUCGAUAUUUGGCAGACUUUCGUCAUUUCUACCCCGAAAUGCCUCGCAAAUCACGACUUGCUCAGGCAAAACUUUCGAAAUCAAGACACGAAGGAUUAAUACCGAAGUCUCGUACGAACGCAUGGUGGCUGCAAGGUCAAAAACGAAGAAGGGACGUGCGGAGCGAAGUUACUACGGCAUUGACAUUCACGAAUUGAUCGAUACGGUCUCUAAGGAACUGGCGCAGCAAGAUGAAACACCAGCACCGAUGCCCGACGAGCCAUUGGCUUCAAUAGAAGAACACAUGGGCAAGAAACCGAAAAAGACACUACUGUGGACCGAAAAAUACCGUGCUCGGAACUUCAUGGACCUGGUUGGGGAUGACAUGACAAAUCGCCAAGUUCUAAGGUGGUUGAAGAAGUGGGAUCCAAUCGUAUUCCCCAGUACUUCCAGAUCUCGUCCUGUUAUCAGACGCCCGGGAGCGAAAGUCGAGGCCGAAGAGGAGAAGCCGCAUCGAAAAAUUCUGAUGUUGACUGGUCCUCCUGGUCUCGGCAAAACCACUCUGGCACAUGUCUGCGCACGACAAGCAGGCUACGAAGUUAUGGAAAUCAAUGCUAGCGACGACCGCAGCCGAGACGUCGUGAAAAACAGAAUCCGGACCAGUCUUGGGACAGAGAAUGUCAAGUCUGUUCAACACUCAAAGACUCAAACGGACAAGCACCAGAAAGUAGCCCGCCCUGUUUGUGUUGUGGUUGAUGAAGUCGACGGCGUGGUGACUGGGUCUGGAGGCUCUGGAGAAGGAGGCUUUAUCAAGGCAUUGAUGGACCUGAUUACUGUAGGCGAAAAGAACUCAGCGGGACAAGAACCAAAGGCCCACCCAUCGGCCCAUCGCAAAAAGAAGGGGGAUGAUUUUCGUCAAAUGCGGCCUCUCAUACUCAUCUGUAAUGACGUAUAUCAUCCAUCAUUGCGACCUUUACGGCAGUCGACUCUAGCUGAGGUUAUUCAUGUUGGCAAACCUACCAUUGACGCGGUAGUGACUAGAUUAAAGUCCGUCUUUGAGAAGGAAGGUAUUCCAUGUGAGAAGGACGCAGCUCGAAAGCUGUGCGAGGCAGCUUGGGGUAUGAGCAGUGGUAUAGAUGCCAAGCGUGGUGCCGAAAGCACGGCGGAAGGUGAUUUGCGAGGGAUUAUGGUCGUUGGUGAAUGGGUAGCUGGUCGCUUGCGAUCCUCAUCCCUAAAUUGCUCCCUGAGCUUAACCCGGCAAUGGGUUGAGCAGCAUGUUGUCCGUGAUCUUGCUCACGGAGGUGGUGGUGCGAGAGGCGUUGGAAGAGGAAAUUCCAAGGACAUCGUCACCCGUGUUUUCCAGGAUGGUGCUGGAUUUCCUAAAGGCAGUAUUCCCAUAAUAGCCCCUCCGACAAAACAUUUACACGAACAGCCCCAGGUACAGCUUGGCUUCUCAGAGCAGCAGAAAAAGUAUGGCAUGGAGCGGCUUCGGGAAAUGGUUGAAACCAGCGGUGAAGUGGACAGGGUACUCACCGAGGUCUUUGCUGGGUAUCCAACUCACGAGUUCAACGACGACUCGUUUUUAAGCAAACCGAACCAGGCCUAUGAAUGGUUGCAUUUCCAUGAUACGUGUUCUUCACGGCUAUUUGGAAGUCAGGACUGGGAGUUGGCGCCCUAUCUGUGUCAACCAAUCCUAGCUUGCCACCACCUGUUUGCGUCCCCUAUUCGACGGGCGAACGGAGGCUAUGAUAAGAAAUGGGGAGACCACGGAGAUGACGAAGCCCCAGCUCUUCCAUUUUCGGGCCCUAGGGCAGAUUUUGCGGCUCGCGAAUCAGAGAAAGAAAAUCGAUCAAUGCUCCAGGCUUUGCAGGCUCAACUCCCACCCACCUUAAUGCGCUCGUUCCGUAGUGCUGAGGACGUUUCUACAGAGUUCCUGCCAUACUUGAUUCGCAUGGUCUCGCCAGACGUCAAGCCAGUAGUUGUUGGGGGUAGCGGGGAUGCUCGCGGAACAGCGAGUGUCAGAAAGGAAUCUGAGAAGAUUAUGGUCCAACGUGCUGCGGUGAUUCUUGCGGAAGUAGGAGUUGAACUUCAUCGUGGCAAGAUCGAGAAUGACUCGCCAUUCAGUAGAGGACCACAAUGGGUAUAUCGAAUGGAACCUGAUCUUGAUCUUCUGGGCACGUUUGAGAGCUCGGCUGCUGUCGUUCACGGAACCCAAGCACCAACACGGUAUGCGGUCCGCCAGGUUUUAGACCAAGAGCGUGAAAAAGCGAGAAUACUACGGGAUAAUGCUGCGAGACAAGCACGAUACAAAGCUGCAAACCCUAACGCUGUAGACAAUUAUAUUUUUGACGAUAAAGAGAAUGUUAGUAAGGAGAAUGCCUUGCCUACUAUACCGGUCAAGAAAGAUUUCUUCGGCCGCAUAAUCCAAGCUGCAGUGCGGCCGUUGUCAGAAUCAGAUGGGAAUAAUGCAGAUAAGAGGAAAGCUAGCAACAAAAGUGUGCUAGGCAAGGCAGAAACGAAGGUUUGGGUUACAUACCACGAAGGCAUGAAUAAUGCCGUUAGGAAACCGAUCAUGUUGGACGAGUUGCUCCGAGGGUUAUAGGCAUUUGAUGUAGCGUGGGACUUGGCUUGGAAGCGUGCAUGAUAGCGGCGUUUAAUGAUAUU